UUUUGACUUGUCUCACUCCCAUCUCUUCCCAUAGGAUACCCAUUUUCUCACUCUCUUUUUCACUUUCCAACUCGCGCUCUCUUACUCUUUCCACCCUUUUUCUUCACAGUAAGAGACAGCUGACCAGUCGCAUAUCUACUUUACUUCAUCCACCUAGGCACUUAUCUUUGAACGCCUGUACCCACUGCAUAACUACCUGGGUAUUCUCUCCCCCUCCAAUAUUUAAUUGAUUGGUCUUCAUCCUAUCUUACUUGCUCCGUAAGACUUAACUGUCAACUCCCUUGCCCUGUUCUGAACCAGUUCGUUCGAGUCGAGAACAAAUCCCCGUCAGUCCGCCUACCGUUGUCUUCUGAACAACAACUCGACCGUUUAUUAAUUCUGGGGAUAUCUGUUUGAUCGUCGUGCAUUUAUUGUGACGUCGCCAUAUCUCUUUUAGUGAAUUUUUUUUUUUCACCCUUUCUAUUUGCUAUUAUUACAACUACUUCUUUUCUCUCUGCGAAAGACAUCCAUCCAUCUAGUCGCAACCUUUUCGCCACACCAUCGGCGGCGCGACCGGCCCCCAAUUGAACACUGGGCAGUUUUAGAAGAAUUGCGUCGACGCCUUUUCGUCGCGACGGAGUCGAAAGGGGUUGGCCUUUCAAAUCGGGGAGAAAACAAGAAGAAAAAAUUCACCCCCCAAAAAAGAGAUGCCUGCAGAAGUCGAUACUGCCGCGUCGGCAACAAACACCAACGCGCAAGAUUCACCCGCGUCGGCGACAGCUGCCAAGUUCGCGCCGAUACAAGACAACAAUACUGACGAAACACUCCGGCCGUCAGUCGAAAAUAACAAAGUGGAUUCAACCACACCGGCCAAAAACGGAGUCGCAUCUGCCGGUCAAGGAAUUGCCGGUGCCGGGGAGGACGAUACCGAAGCGAACAACCCCAGCUCCUAUAACAACUUCGAUGACGACGACGACCUGGACGACGACGGCGACGAUAACCUCACGCCGCCGCCUGACUCGCCUAGCCCUGUCCCUAGCCUAUCUGCUGCCAACAACAACUGCCUUCAGGACGAGAUAGUGGUCGGCACCAAGGCUAACGGAGUCAAGCCGUCUGCUCGUGUCCAGCCAGAUCAAGACGACAUUGACAUGGUUGAUGCUGACGUCUCACGCGGCGGCUCACAUUAUCCCAAGCGUAAAAGGAACUCGAUGUAUGCCUCAUUGGAAGACGACGCAAGUGACGUUGCCGCAUCGCCAGCGCUUUCCAAGCCGGAUUCGAUGGCGAUGCUGCUCAAGGGCCGCGACAAAGUCCGAGGCAUUACUCUAGGCUACUGGAGAGACUCGGAAGUGCCUGAGAAAGAGUUCAAGCACCAGGUCGUUGGUUUCAUAGAUGUUCGAGAUCGACUGCGUACUCGAGUGCAAGCGACAUCGCGUUUUGGCAAAAUUAUGACUGACAGGUUUCCUCUGCCGCCUGGUCCAGGGGGCAGCUGGGUGACGUUUGAGCGCAUCGUUUUUGAAGACCACCUCGUCCAUCUAGACCAUGAGCAGAUCAAAGAAUAUGUCAAAGUCCGCGGAGAGACCUGGGGCACCGAGACUACCGACGAGGAAGUGGCAGCGAACAAUAGUGCGGCUGUCAAGGAAGCCGUCGCCCGUGUUCAGGCCCGUCCGACCCCAGAAAACGUCCCCUUUCAACAGCCCAUUAUUGCUUAUGGCGAGGACAUACCAGAUCACGCCAAGGUAAACCGCGCCCACGAAAAGAAGAAGCGCCGUCUGAACAGCAUCCCUAUGUCAUCGCCACAAACGCCUUCGCUGCCUCAGCAGCCCUCCUUUACUGUUGAUACGCCAGACAUAGUGCCUCCUCCACGUGGCCGCGGUGGUGCCAAGGCUGGAACCGUCUACGAUGAUAUCCCCGGCACACGUCCUACUAAGGUUGUCGUUGGGUACUGGGCCAAGUCGCAAGAGGCAGACCCCAAGGACAAGCAUGCCGUAUAUGGAGUGCUGGGCUCCAACGACAUGUUUCGUGUCAAGCUCGUCAAGCAUACCAGAGACGGCCGUGCCAUCAACGGUGACUUCCCAUCUGGCCCUGGUGCAGUCUGGAUCAACUGGGAGGAAGUUGUGUUUGAGCCACACCUGCGCAAGCUCGAGCGUGCUGAGAUCAAGGAGUAUUGUCGGAUUCGCCAGAGUCAUUAUGACGCCGGCGAGUUGCCCCAAGAUAGGAUUUCCAACGAGACAAAGGCUGUACACGAGGCUCAAGUUCGCGUCGAGUUUGGCCGCCCACAGAACCCGAUGGCCGCAAGUCAAAUGCGGCAAGUUGCCAAUGAGCCCAUGAUCCUUCCGAGCCGGUCCCAAUCUGCCUACCAGGGUACGAGUAACCAUCAGGUGGAUGACGAUAGCGAGCAGCCACAGCAUGAUGGCGCUGCCGUAAACGAGCCACAGAACGUCGACCCUAGAGAGCGUCCUGCGAGGCACAUCGUCAGUGAUGACAACUACGACGACGACGAAACUGUUGAGUCUGGUCCAGGUACUGGCCACGAGCUUCGUCAGUCCAGACGUUCAACGAUGGCGCUGGCCCAAGCCCAGAAGGAGAUUCCUCGGCCAGCUCGUCACUCGUUGCCCAAUGCUUCUGAGCUUCGCGCUGCCAACCGACGCCCGGCACCGGGGUCGGUGCCGGUCCCGGCAUACAACGACAGCAGUGACCGCAUGGCUCGCGUGAACUCGAUUGCCCAGCAGAACCUGGCCAUGGCCGAGUCGCAUCAGGUACGCAUCAGCCAACGCCAAAGCCUCAAUGGCGGCAACGUGAACGGGGGCCCCUACCACUCGGACAACUCGGCCGCCAGCUUUGGUGCUGCUACUUCUCAGAUGCAGCGGAUCUGGGCAAUGCAGGAGGAACAGCGCCUCAUGCCUGGAACUGUCGACAGACCCGCUCCUGUCGAGGAGAUCAAGGUUGAAGUCAAGGAGCACGCGGGGAUUACGUAUGCUCGCAAAAAGAACGGGCCGUUUCCCGGAAAACUUGCCAGCAACGGUACCCUCAUCUCAAUUGAUGGUGAGGACUAUGUCGAGUACCGCGUGCUUACCAAACCUAGUUUCACCUUUUAAGCGCUUAGAAACUCAUCUCUUAAGGUGUAAUACCCUUUAUCUUGGCGGAGUUGACCCUUUCUGGCUUGAAAUUGGCCUCUUUUUACGCAUACCCGGCGAGCAAAGAUUGACCUCAUGGAAGUUUUAUCCUUUUUCUUUUCUUUUUCUUCUUCUUCUUUGGACCCUCGUCGGUCUUUUGUAUUCUCAUUCUUUGUGUGUGUGUUUGUUCAUUUCGUCUCUGUGGCCUCUGGCUUGGGCUACAUGCUUAUUUUGUUUUGCGCGUUAAUGUUCCUUUUUUCCUUCUUUUUUGGUAAUGUGAUAGUGGAAAUCACUUGCUGGGUUGUCAUGCCUGGGAUGCAUCUGACUGGCGUUGGCUGCUUCUGCAUGGCCUUUUAUGACCGUUUUUUAUUUGUAACAUGGCUUCUCUAUGUCAAUUCACUUUAAUUCCCCAUCCACAAUUCUGGUCAUCUAUUAUGUUCAUGGCCAACGGAUUCGUUUACAAAAGUUUACAAAAGUCAGAAGAUUAGUGUGCUUUAUCUUGAGAUGUCACAACUUUCAAGUAUAUGUCUGUAGAACCUUUUUACCCCUGGGCUUGGUAUUUCUCCGUGUAUUGCAGAGCGCGACAAAAUUCUCUAGAUUCAGUCUGCUAGAUUGAGACGCUUGUUCCAUGUCAGGUACGCAUACAUUGUGCGAAGAAUUGU